AUGUUGAUUGCAAUCGCAGGUCCUACCUGCGCCGGCAAGACUGUUGUCGCGGAUUUUCUGACGAAAACUUACCACUUUCAACCUAUCUCACUACGAUCCUGCUCUCGCCACAUCACUAACCGUACCUGCAGCUCGAAUGGUCCAAGGCCGCAACUGUUUGAAACCGCGUCUGAUCUCAUCCACCAUGUUACAUCCAACUGGUCAACCCACUUUGUUCUCUACCCUCUAGAGAAUCCCGACGAUUGGAAUCUCAUUGGAAAGCGCCCAUUUGCGCUAUUGGUGACAGUAGAUGCCCCGCUCUCCGUCCGAUUUAAACGAUGUGUUGCAGCUAAAGCCGCGUUGGGACACACACCACCUUGUUUUGAAGAUUUUGUGCAACAGGACGAGAAUCGUUUAUACGCUCUUCCCAAAUCAAGUCCCACUCCAAGGUCACAGCAUGUCAAUGGACCGACGGCUAAGAUUGGUGGGCUUAUCGGAAACUUGGAUGCAUUGCAAUUGGAGCCACAUGGACAAGCACGAGCAGAGUCACCGGCUCCAUCUGCAUCACCGCGGUCUUCUUCUCUCUAUUUCCUCAUGUCAAAAGCAGACGUAAGAAUCGUCAAUCAUUUCAGUACCCUUGCAGAACUCCAUGCUGUUCUUCGCGCCGCAAAGUUGAUUGAUCCCGAAAGGCUGCGACCUAGCUGGGAUUCCUAUUUUAUGCAGCUGUGCAAUCUGGCUGCUCGGAGAAGUAAUUGCAUGAAGCGCCGUGUGGGUUGCAUUCUGGUGAAAGAUCGACGGAUUAUUGCCACUGGAUACAAUGGUACGCCCCGAGGAGUGAAAAACUGCAAUGAGGGAGGAUGUCCGCGCUGUAACGAUAACGCCCCGUGUGGGUCCGGUCUAGAUGUGUGUUUGUGCUUGCAUGCUGAGGAGAACGCGCUUUUGGAGGCAGGUAGGGAACGGGUUGACAAUGGCGGUGAUUCCAUACUCUACUGCAAUACUUGUCCGUGCUUAGGAUGCGCAAAAAAGAUUGUGCAAGUCGGAGUAAAGGAAGUUGUAUAUUCUCUGGCGUAUGGUAUGGAUGAUAUGACGGCUAGAUUACUGAAAGAGGCGGGAGUAAAGUUAAGGCAACAUUCCCCAUUAAGCAGCGAUGUAGAUGGUUUGGUAGUCGAUGAAAUAUGGAAUUGA